AUGGAUCGUCAACGGAUUGCAGGCUUGGGUCUUGGCGGUGCUAUGGGUGCAGGCCUUUCUGCAACUCCACAUGAUUCAAAUCAAGUGGAUACAUCUGAGACUGUAUACAUAAGCUCUUUAGCGUUGCUUAAGAUGUUGAAACAUGGACGGGCUGGAGUUAUGGGUUUAAUGCUCGGAGAUUUUGUUGACGAUUAUACUGUUAACGUUAUUGAUGUUUUUGCCAUGCCACAAUCUGGAACUGGUGUUUCUGUCGAGGCUGUAGAUCCCGUUUUCCAAGCAAAAAUGAUUGAUAUGUUAAAACAAACUGGCCGUCCAGAAAUGGUUGUUGGUUGGUAUCAUUCUCACCCAGGUUUUGGUUGUUGGCUUUCUGGUGUUGACAUUAACACACAACAGAGUUUCGAGCAAUUGUCUAAUCGUGCGGUUGCUGUUGUGGUUGAUCCGAUACAGUCCGUUAAGGGAAAGGUUGUAAUUGACGCAUUUCGUACAAUUUCUCCACAAACUGUCGCUUUACAACAAGAACCUAGACAAACAACUUGCAAUAUUGGACAUUUGCAAAAACCUUCAAUUCAGGCACUUAUUCAUGGACUAAACCGUCAUUAUUAUUCUAUACCAAUUGCUUAUCGGACAACAGAGAAUGAACAACAGAUGUUAUUGAAUUUAAAUAAACGAAGUUGGAUGGAUUCAAUGAUGUUGGAGAAAUAUACUGUUCAUUGUUCUACAAAUCAAACAUCCGUUGAACAACUUUUAAAAUUGGCAAAAUUAUAUAAAAAAUCAAUCGAAGAAGAAGCUAAGAUGACUGAGGAACAAAUUGCGAUAAAAAAUGUUGGUAAACAAGACCCUAAACGACAUUUGGGUGACACUGUUGACAAAAUGUUAGCUGACAAUUUGGUUCAAGGCUCUGCAGCGAUGCUAGAUGUUUCUGUUUUUCAAUAA